ACUGAUCAUUAGCCCAUACAAUUGCUGCAACAGACUCAGGGAUCAAGCUUAGUACUUCUUUCUCUAUUUAAAAUUACCAGUUAACCAGGCAUAACUCUGAAUUUGCACAAGUUGAAUCAAAUUUUGCAUAAUUUGAACUAUAUUUUGCAGUCCGAAUAGAUUUGUCUUAUGCAAUGUAUUUGUGAAAUGAUUGCAGCUUUAGUGUAGAUAUAUGUUUAUUUUCUCUUUUCAAUUGUAGGUCUCAUUCAGAUGAUGGCUGCAGCUGAGGCAGGCAGAGAUCUAGCUUACUUCACAUUUGAAGAUAAGGAUUUGUGUGAUGAUAUGGCAGGCAUGCAUGACUUUCUAACAUCCCAGUCUGUUACAAUUGGUGAUUUAUGGAGAAACCUGCACAGAUACAGAACGGAUGUGUUAAGACGUAGUGCAGGAGUCUCUAAGCCCAAGCUCUUUCCAUACCUCUAUCAGCUCUACACUGUUUGUGACUCAGACACUGAUGAGUAUGAGACCGAGGCAGGCCCUACAGCUCAAGUUAAGGCCGCUGCCGGUGGAAGUCGUAGUCCUAACUACAGAGCAGAAACACCCUGAUGCUUCUUGAUAUGUUGUGAUGUUUAGAUUAUUGAGACUCCCAAAUAAAGUUGUAGUGCAGGGGCUUCUAGGCCCGAGCUUUUCCAGUACCUCUAUCAGCUAUACACUGUGUGUGUGACUGACGUGGAGAUACUAAUGAGUUUGAACCAGAGACAGAAUCUAAAGUUGAAUUAAGACCACUGCUUACGGUAGCUAUAGUCUGAACUACAGAUUAGAGGAGCCUGGAUGUAAUGAUUGAUGAAGUGAUUAACUAUUCGAGUACGAGGCAGAAGAAAGAACUGCAGCUGAAAUCAAGACUGGUGCCAAUUGAAACAGCAGCCCCAAAUACAGAGUAGAUGCCUCUGUUGUGUUUGACUGGUUGGAGAGAGCUCAAAUACCUGUAAACAAAAUAGCACCAGAAAGUACCAUGUGUAUUGCUUCUUUAUUCCAGGUGAAUGAGAGACGAUGUUGUACAGACAUUAAAUUGUGAUUAAGCCCUCAAGGGUGAAUUACUAUAUAGUUGAAUGUACAACAUAUUUCCCCCUUUAUGAAUCAGACAUUAUUAUUUUGCCAAAAGAAUAUCCAGAAAUAAGUCUGUUCUUUAAAGUAUCACUAAUACAAAAGCAUCCGUCUAAAUUUUUCUUUUAAAACUUUAGCUUAUGUGUGUUCAACACAAGUCCAAUGUCGUUUUUUAAACUUGUGUUCAUGUAACGUUCAUCAACUUCAGAUUUAAACAAAUCUGAGAAUAAACAUUAUUCUUUAGAGUUUCUGUUUUUAUGCCUCCGUUACGAAGUAGCCGGAGGCAUUAUGUUUUCGGGUUGUCCGUCCGUAUGUACGUACGUACGUCUGUACGUACG